AUGGAAUGCCCGAUAGAUUCUAGCAGGAGGCUCAUAAUCCCCAUCAUCCACAUCAGUCGCAGGUACCAGCCACCUAUACGUGAGAUCCCCAGACCGCCGAAGCUCGUACCGCCGACAGUCCACGCCAAGAUCUCCAAAAAUCCAGCGAGGAUCGGCAUUCGGGAACAAGCUGAACCUCUGGUGCAGGUGGAUGGGAAACCCAGCUGUUGUUUCUUCAAGUUCAGUCCAAAACUGAUGUUUACCAAGGUCCUGAAAGCCCAGCUGUGGGUUUAUCUGCGGCCACUACAGCAAACUUCCACUGUUUACCUUCAGAUCCUUCGCCUUAAACCUAUCACUGAGCAAGGAAGCAGACACAUCCGCAUCCGGUCACUCAAGAUUGAGCUAAAUUCUCAGGCGGGUCAUUGGCAGAGCAUUGAUUUCAAACAUGUAUUGCAGAACUGGUUCAAGCAGCCCCAUACAAACUGGGGCAUUGAUAUAAACGCCUUUGACGAGAAUGGCAACGACCUGGCUGUGACGUCUCUGCGGCCUAGAGAAGAAGGACUGCAGCCGUUCCUGGAGGUCAAGGUUCUUGAAACCACCAAGCGAUCACGAAGGAAUCUGGGUCUUGACUGUGAUGAACACUCCACAGAAUCCCGCUGUUGUCGCUACCCGCUCACAGUUGACUUUGAAGCUUUUGGCUGGGACUGGAUCAUUGCACCUAAACGGUACAAGGCAAACUACUGCUCAGGCCAGUGUGAGUACAUGUUCAUGCAGAAGUACCCACAUACUCAUCUGGUGCAGCAUGCUAAUCCCAGAGGCUCAGCAGGGCCAUGCUGCACACCCACAAAGAUGUCGCCAAUAAACAUGCUCUACUUCAAUGACAAACAGCAGAUAAUCCAUGGCAAAAUCCCAGGAAUGGUGGUGGACCGUUGUGGCUGUUCAUAGAAUUGUUCGUUAUGGUUAUGGUUUAGCUAAGGGAAAGUGAUGGAGGGAGGGUGUCAGGGAUGCAUAAAAUCUGCAUGUCUCUACAAUUUCCUUAUAUUUUCCUUACAUACUUUGGAAAGAAUACUACAAAAUGUACAGAAAACAAAAACAUUUGUAGUUUCUUUCGCAAAUCCAGCAGAACAGUCCUGGAUAAAUCCUAAUACGAUUUCUCAAUUUAAAUCUAAAUUUUUAUUUUACAAACAAUCCGCUCUGCACAAAUAUAUUCUCAAAUAGAAAUAUAUUUGUGCAGUAUUACACAUUUAGAGAGAACAGAAAAAAUACUUGAUGCUGGAAACUUGUUGAAUUACAGCUGGUUGGGACACACUGGAAGAUGACACACACGCACAUGCGUGCACGCACACACACACACACACACACA